AUGUCGGCUCCAGCCAGUGCCCCUUUGCAGUUCGACACCUUCUCAAGCGCCGUCGAAGCAACCUUCUGGCAUGCGUUGGCGGCUCGCAAGGUCGACGUCCUGCGCCUCGACGACUCGCCGCUUCCGAUCCAAGGGUUCUAUGACGGGCACUCGAACAACACGGCGCUCAGCAACGCACUUUCUUCCGGGGCUCGCUCUGCAGGAAGCUUGCCGGCGCGCCUGUGCCUCUCGUCGUCGGCCUUUGAGCCAGGUCAAAACAUUCCGCCGUUCUCUUGCGUCGCUCCGGGCACACUGAAGAACACCAAUACGGUGGAGGACUUCAAGGCCCUCGACAAAAACGCUCUGCUCAAGGACACGGCCGAACAGAUAUGGCAAGACAUUUGUUCCGGCGCAGCCCUCGACGAUCCCUCGCUACUCUCGCGGUUCUUGCUCGUCACCUUUGCCGACUUGAAGAAGUACAAGUACUUUUACUGGUUUGCUUUCCCCGCGUUGAUGCCGACACUCCCACUGAGACUCCAAGAAGGCACUGCGGUCGCCCCCUUGGCCGAGUAUUACUCGGAGCAACAGAUCGCGGCUCUUUACCAAAGCUUCAGUACCCUGCGGGAGCGCCAGCCUUCAAAAGCCUCCUUCUUCCAGGUGGUUGAAGGGGAGGUGCCUGUCGCUCAAGCCCUCUCAGACGCUCCCGAGCAGGUGCCGGAGGAGAUGACGGUCGGAUUCGUGGAUCCUUCGUGCCUCCCUGGCAACCCUGGAUGGCCGCUCCGCAACUAUGCGAUCUUCCUGAAGAAGACUUGGCCCACGCUGCAGCGGAUCAAGGUGGUGUGCUAUCGGGAAGUUCUCGGACGAAGCGACAUAUCCAGCAGCCUCGUCGUGCUUCUGGAUGUCUCGAGUUUGGAACUCGGAGAUGACUGUCCCAAGUUUGGUGGCUGGGAGAAGAACACCAGCGGAAAACUCGGUGCCCGAGUCGUUGAUUUGGCUCCUUUGAUGGAUCCUCACAGACUGGCCGAUACAGCCGUGGACCUGAACCUCAAGCUGAUGCGGUGGCGGAUCAUGCCUUCUCUCCAGCUGGAGAGGAUUGGUGCGACCAAGUGUCUGCUCUUUGGGGCCGGCACGCUGGGAUGCUAUGUCGCCCGGCUGUUGAUGGCCUGGGGCAUUCGCAACAUUACGCUGCUGGACAACGGCAAAGUGUCGUUCUCGAACCCAGUGCGCCAGCCGCUGUUCGAGUUCAACGACUGUCUGGACGGAGGAAAGCCCAAGGCCGCUGCUGCCGCCGAGCAGCUCAGAAAGAUCUUUCCCGGGGUGAAUGCGGAGGGCCACUCCGUCACCAUCCCAAUGCCCGGACACGAAGUCCCGGCCCAUCUCGUGGGCCAAGUCAAAGAGGAUGUUGCCAAGAUUGAAGAGCUUGUGAAGAGCCAUGAUGUUCUGUUCCUCUUGACGGACUCUCGUGAGGCACGAUGGCUCCCGACUCUGCUGGGCGCAUAUCACGAGAAGAUCGUCAUCAACGCCGCCCUCGGAUUCGAUACCUUCCUGGUGAUGCGCCAUGGAAUGCGAGCUGCAGCCGCGGGCACAGACAGCAGACUGGGAUGCUAUUUUUGCAACGAUGUUGUUGCACCCACCGAUUCUCUCAGCGACCGCACCCUGGACCAGCAAUGCACUGUUACGCGACCGGGUCUGAGUGCCCUCGCCAGCUCGCAGGCAGUCGAGCUGAUGGUUUCCGUGAUCAAUCAUCCGCUCGCGGGACAUGCCCCUGCUGACAGCCAAACCAGCCCAGCCGACGCAACGCCGACACCCUUUGGACUGGUUCCGCAUCAGAUUCGCGGCUUCCUGACACAUUUCAACAACCUACUGAUCACCGGAUCGGCCUAUGACAAGUGCACGGCAUGCUCGCCCACGGUUCUCGCCGAGUACCAGAACGAUGGGUACCAGUUCCUCCUCAAGGCCUUCAACACCCCAAAGUAUCUCGAGCAAAUUACUGGUCUGGCGGAUCUGCACCAGCAAACCGAGGCCGCCGACGUCGACUGGAUCGAGGACGACGACGAGGACCAACUGAUCUGA